UCCAGGGCAGAAACAAAACAAUCAAUACAGCUAAUCAAGUUAAAAACAUGGAGAAAGUGUGCUGCAUGUGCGGCGACGUCGGCUUUCAGGACAAGCUAUUCCGCUGCGGGCACUGCCACAACCGCUUUCAACACUUUUAUUGUAGUAAUUACUACAGUGAGUUUGCGGAGCCGACUGAGAUUUGCGACUGGUGCCAGAGCGGCGACAAAAAGCUGAGCAGUGUUGCUAAACAUGGCACAUCGAAAAACAAAAAGGCUUCUUCCUCCGUAAAUAACGAGAGCGGGGUCACAAACCGAUCGGAGUAUUCUUCCGGUGGCGGGACCAAGCAAGACAAUAACCAUCACGAUCAAGUGCCCAAGAGCGUUGCCGGACCUGUAGGAGGCCGAGUGCCGUCGCCGAGGACGGCCACCCAAAGACAAUAUUCUGGGAUGAUAGAGUUUUAAAGGGUGUGUACCUUUCCUCUUUGCCCGGGUGCGACGAAGCCCAAGUGGCUGGGUUGAAGGAGCUGUAUCAAAAAAGUAGCUAAUAUAUAUUAUAUUUUAGACUUUAUAAGUUAAGUGGAUUAUGAUAGCGCUGAUGCGGACCGUGUGAUGUGGACGAAGCUCGUUUUGAUAGUAAUAUGGCCUUCCUCAUGUUACGUGCAUUUUUUUGCUUGACUAUCAAGGUUAAGAGUUAUUAGUGGUGAGGAGAAGUAUGUAUGAUAUACGUGUAAUGUAAUUGUAGCUUACUGUAAGUGUCGCAACCAUCGCAUCCGCCUGGUUGGUAAAUUUUGAAAUUGUCAAGUAUAUACUUAUAAUAACCUUUUGUUACCAAUUAAAGGAAAAAAAAACGUACAGUCAUAA